CUGUUGACACUUGACAUUGACAGCAAAACAGACAGCCUUUUAGUCGUUUUGCUGUUUGUGUUGAUUUGAUUUUGUAUUGUAUUGUUUUGUAUGAAAAAAUGAGCUGAUAAUAUAAAUAUUUGUAACUGGUUUGUUAACAGCUACAAACAAUUAUUACAAAUCUAGAACGAAAUGUAGUGGAUUCUAUAUUCUGAAGUUGUACAAUUAAUUAUCAUCCUCCAUUACCAAUCCCCACAUGAUGGCAACUUGACAAAAUAAUCUGAAUAGGUUUUAGAAACAAACAGUAAUCUACGCAUUAUUAUAAGUACAUCAUCAAUAUGUCCGAUGUAUCCGAAGAUGAAGCUGGUGACUCUGGAAGCCCUGUUCGAGAAGUACGAGCUUCUAGGCCUUCAUUAGCCCAGCUGAUGGAAAUAAUAUCAUUUAUGGAAGAGCACCCGGACCUGGCUCGCAGAAGGAAAAAUGCAGGUCUGAAGAUUCAAGCCAAACAUAAGAAGUUAUGGACUAAACUCGCAAAACUAGUUAACUCUGUUGAUGGACCUAAGAAAACAAAACCUGCUUGGAUCAAGUUCUGGUCAGACAAACGACGAAGUUUAAUAUUAAAACAAAAACAGAUUGAACAAGGUAAACUUAAAAGCCGGCUGACACCACUACAACGGAAGAUUUUAGUAUUAUGUGAUUAUAAAUUUGCACAAACUGGGAAAUUUCGCGGCAGUGUGAGAAGAGCACCUGUUAAUGGUGAUACAUUUGAUGACGCCUCAAAAGAUGGCCAAUAUUUGACAGCAGCAGAACAACGGCAGAUGAAAAUGAUCAACCAGUUGAUUGAUGUAAUGGAUGAGCAGUCAGCUGCUAUGACACAACUGUCAGAAGCCACACUCGCCAGCUCAAAAGCCUUGGAACAAAUAGCAGACGCAUCAUAUGAACAAGCCUUAGCUGUCGAUCGAGUGGCCGGGACUUUUGAAGGUAUUAACGCGUCGGUGAACGACAUUAGGAAUGCGCUACUAGGAAUAGAUUACACCAUGAAGCGGUGCUACCCUGCUACACAACAAAGACAAAAUAUAUUCAGUUAACUUCUACAAACAAUCGUUAAAUCAUUAAUAAUUACCGCCAGUGUAUUUCUUCUCGUAUAUCGAAUCGAAUAUUUAUCUAAGGUAUCUGAACUUUGUAUUGAAUGUUAAUUAAGGUAAAGUAUUCAAUGAAUAAGAUUAAUUAAAAAUAAUUAUGAUUAGUGA